AACAAUGCAAUGAUUUGGACUUCUUGAUCCAUGAGGACUAUGCUGGGACGGGGAAUCAACUAUCCUCACAACUCUACAGAAACAAGCAGCUCCAAGACACCCUGCUGCAGAAGGAGGAAGAACUGGCUAGGCUACAUGAAGAGAACAACAGCCUCAGACAAUACCUGAAUUCGGCCUUGGUGAAAUGUCUUGAGGAGAGAGCCAAGAAACUGCUGAUGCAAAAUGUUCCCACCAAAGCCUAUGGAUGCAUGGAAAGUGGAAAGAGGAAACCAAGGGAGGGAAGGUACCCUGCCAUGGAUACCCCCCAUCCUAAGAAUGCCAAGAGAAACCUUUUUAGUGAGUUUGCUGCGUGUGAGGGGCAGCCAAAUCCACCUGUGGACUCCUGGGUCCUGAAAACUCUUGGAUUAAAAGACCUUGACACCAUUGAUGACAGUGUGCCAGCUAACUACAGUGCCUUGAUCUCUCCACCUGAACGACGCACAUUCCCACGGUUUCCAGCUGAGGAGGCCAGCUAUGAACAUGGUGGCAUUGUGGGUCUGCCCAUUUCUUAUGAGAAUGGUCAAGUGGCACCCUUGCACAACACAGGCAGACAGCCUGUGCAAGAAGAUUUGGCCUUUUUCCCUGAGGUAUCCCACCAACCAGGUGCUUUACAAACCAUGGCUAGCCUUUCCCCUGCCCCUUUCCCCUCUUUUAACUCGCCUGGUUAUACCCCUGAUGUCUCACCCAACAAGACUGAUGUGGUCUUUUCCACAUCCCUAACUCCACACUGCCAUGUGAAAACCCAUUCCUUCCAGCAGGGACAAGCCUUUGUGCGGCGAGAUGAAGAAGGCUGGAAGUUUACUUGGGUUCCUAAACAGACUUAG